GGGUGGGAGAGGCGAUCUGUUGGUGAGGAUCCACAGACGCUCUCAGUCGCACUGUGUCUAUAGAGAGCGCAGAACGAUCCACCUCCUUCACAGCCUGAAAGGUCUUAAUGGGCAGGAGGACUGGUGCAGCAGAUGAGGACUUCUUCACUGAGGAUAACUCACUUGAAGUCGCUUGAAAGAAGCAGAAAGUACUCUGGAACUGUGGAAGAUUGUUCGAAAAGUCAACACACUUCUGAGGAAUUACGAGGAAAAUUGAGGAAACUGUCGGAUCCCGACUACGGCGAGCAUCUCACACCGAGAAGAACCUUCUGUUCCUGCGAAUGAUUUGCUAAAUUCAUCCAGUAAGUUCUGAAUAAACCUUCCAGAGAGGAGGUCAAGCUCGAGCCCACCGUACCUGCCGAGCUGAGGCGAGCAGGAGCUGAAGCAGGGGAUGAGUGUGAGGCCUGGUGAGUCCAGGGGGUGAGGAAUGAGGGGGAGGACCGGCUGAAAAUUGCUUUCAAUGUAAACACAUAGCAUCAUGCCAACCCUGCUGCCAAGCUGGCACAACAGGACCUGGACCAGACUCCUGCUCUUAGUCCUGCUCGUUAUCUUCAGCCACCAGGCGAGCGGCUCAGUGCUUGAGAGUCUGAUCGCCAAACGGACUGAAUACUGGGAGAACUGCAACAGAACUCUGACGACAGCUGCACUCUCAAAAACUGGAAACUACUGUAAAGGAGCAUUCGACACGUUUGUGUGUUGGCCAUAUUCGUCUCCAGGGAACGUGUCGGUCCCCUGUCCGUCUUACUUACCGUGGAUCAGUGGAGACGGCUCCAGAAGGGCACACCGAGAAUGCCUAGAAAAUGGGAGAUGGCGGCAGAGGGAGAAUUCCUCUGAGCCCUGGAGAGAUGACUCUGAAUGUCAGGAGCAUCAAUACUUUAAAGACAAGGAGGAUGAAAUGAUUCGCCAGACAGCCCUCAGGCUCAUCUCUGUCAUUGGCUACUCCCUGUCUCUGACCUCCCUCACUCUGGCCACUCUCCUGAUGGGCAUGUUGAGGAAGCUCCACUGCACCAGAAACUACAUCCACAUGAAUCUGUUUGUGUCGUUCAUCCUGAGAGCCAUGGCUGUCAUUUCAAAGGAAAUCAUAUUAUACAUCAUGUACUCCAACCUGCCCAAGGACGACCCCGGAUGGAACUCCUACUCAAGCUCUGCGAUAGCCCUGAUGUGCAAAUUCUCCAAAGUGUGCAUGGAAUACUUUGUGGCCUGUAACUACUUCUGGCUCUUGGUGGAGGCCAUUUUCCUCCACACACUGCUCUUCACCGCUGUGCUGACCAAGAGACGACUGCUGAAGAAAUACAUGCUGCUGGGAUGGGGAACUCCCGUCUUGUUUGUGACGCCGUGGACAGUGGUCAAGAUUAUAUAUGAAAACACAGAAUGCUGGUCGAUCGUGAACAGAUGGUUCUGGUGGAUAAUAAGAGGCCCGAUUACUUUAUCAGUGCUGGUCAUUUUCUUCAUAUUCAUCAAGAUCCUGAUGCUGCUGUUGUCCAAGCUGAAAGCAGAUCAGGUGAAAUUUACAGACUACAGAUACAGUUUGGCCAGAGCAACACUGGUCCUGAUCCCUCUGCUGGGAAUCCAUGAGGUGGUCUUUACUGUGCUGAUAGAUGAAUGUGUGGAGGGCAGCAGCCGCUACGCCAGGAACUUCAUCAACCUCACCCUCAGCUCUUUCCAGGGGUUCUUGGUAGCUGUGCUGUACUGUUUUGCUAAUGGAGAGGUCCAAGCUGAGCUGAAGAAGCGCUGGCAGCUUUUCCUGUUCACCAACCACUUCCAGGUCAGGGGCUGUUUUCGGGGAGCGCCUCUCAAGCACCUGUGGAAGUGCACCCGAGGGCGCAGUCCCCAGUGUUCUCGGCAGAGCGACUCCUACGACGAGGGGGGCACCUCCACAACUCACCCGCACCUGCUCCAGGUGGCUGUGCAUGGAGGGAGUGGAGUGCUUGGACUCGGAGAGGUUAAAGGUCAAGGACUGAAGGGCUGCGACGCAGGGCUUGACUUUCUCACCAGGAAGAGUCUGUCGAGCAGUGACGGAGAGAUGACGCUCGGGGAGACGAUGGAGGAGAUUCUGGAGGAGAGCGAGUUCUGAUCCCGGUUAGCCUUUUAGCGCUCAGUCACCUAACACUGUGGGAGAGUGAAACCCAUUCUUCCAAGACUGGAUUACCAGCCAGGUAAAGAUGGUAACUGGGUGUGUAUUCACAAAUAAAGCUGCCUCAAACCAGUUCACACACAGACGAGCUGGUCACACCUGAAAGUUCAUCCACACAUUUGGGUGAAACAGGCAGCGAUAGAGGCUUGGUGAAGUGCUGACUGCAGGGCUGGAUGAUGAACUACUGUAGCUGGUGAGCUAAGGGCUAACAUGGUAGCAAACUGUUUACUUCCCCUCAGCAUUUUAUCCUCAUGACUCUACAUCAUUUAAUUCCAGAGUAAUCUACUGGCAGGCUUGUUAGCUUGGUCAUUUUGUUUUUAUUUAUGAGCUGUAUUUGUACCAUCAAAUCCUGUCUCAUAACUGCCUAAAAAUCUUGCCUUUAUUGUGCAGCAGCUGAGGAGGAUUAGUGUGAAUGGAUGUAAAUGAAAGUUUCCUCCAGUUUCUCUGCGGAGUCAGUGUUCAGGAACGUUCACCAAAGCUGAAUUUGUCAUGACAUACUGCAAGGAAAUACACUGGUGGUGGUGAUGCUAUUGAAGUGAUUUGAUUCUGCAGGGAAGCUUCCAUUUUAAUGCUGAUGUGACCAAACCUUAAGGCCUCUGGAUCUCUGUGCAUGUGUCGUCCACUGAGUGCACUGUACUGAACAGUCAUAUGAAGUUGUUCAAUAUCAUCACUUCUUUAAUUUGCUGUAUUUCCUGUUGAAUCAUGACAGCAAAAGAAUCGAUCUCGGGCACAAACCAGCGGGUUGUAGUUACGGUGAGAAAGGCAGUGUAAUUGCACUGCUUUCCUGCAGACAUCCUGGGCUGUCCAAGACGUUUAAGUUCCCAUUUAGUGAGAUGUUUGAUGGGAACUUGGAGACUAGGGCUGAACGAUUAUAGGAAAAUAUCUAAUUGCGAUUUUUCUGACAGAUAUUGGAAUUUGAUUUGCAGUAGUAAAAGUGCAUGUAAAACGUGUGAUGGAGCAUUACUAUUUACUGCUCUAUGUACCAAUCCAGGGAUGAAGAAUUGAAGUGUUUCUUUUUGCUGCCAAUCAUCUACAGAGGCUUUAUCCAGACGUUAUAAACAGUUAUCUUUGACUUCUGUACAGUUACAGCAUUAACUUACAAUACAUUCUUAUAGCAGCCACAUAAUGCACAGCAAUGUUAAGCAUUUAAGGUUUGUGGUUUAUUUACAUUGAAAAAUAUAUCAUCUUCCUAUGCCAGGCCAGUUAUAAAUAUCCAUAUGAAACAACAUCUGGAUUGAAAUGUGCAUAUAAAUACCAUGUAUUUGUUGUCUGAAUGUGAAUAAUGAGGCUCUAUGUGCAGCAGGUUUUACAGGCUUUAUAUUUUUUUUAUUCUUAUGAUGCUUUAAAUGUAUCAGAGGCAUUGUUGUACAGUUAAAACCAUCACAUCAUUUGUACAUGUAGUCUCACAACAAUGCAUGUGCACAAAUAAAACAAGAGUUCACCUGUUA